AUGGCAGCCGCAGAAGCCAAAGGUCUAUUGGACCAAUUGAUGGGAGCCGAUCGGAAUGCACCUUUGCCACCUGGAACAGCCUUGCCACGCAAACGAGGACAAGCUGCUGCUAGUGGAGAUGCUCUAUUACUGCCGGGAAAGCGGCACAAGUCAUGCUACGAUCGCGACAUUUGUCCACUCUAUUGCGCCUGGGGCGUGGAUGUCUAUGAUUUGUUUGUCAACACCAAAUCCGACAUUGGACCAAAUCCAAACACUGCGGAUGAUGCCGCGAAAAAAGAAUUCCAGGGUUUGCCCCAACAUGAAAAGGAACGAAUGGGCUACGAACAUUUUCUGUUUAACAAACUGGGGGAAUUGGUCCAGCAGUGUGACCGCAUCGUAUCGAGGAAUAACGAAAAGCUAAACAAGGAACUCCAUAGGCAACUACAAAAGCGGGGCGGUCAGGAUUAUGUCAUUGAUGUAGAUGAAGGGGCCGUGGAACAGCUUUGUCGGAAUGAAAUCAUGGUGGAAGAGCUCACGAAUCAAGUGGAAGCUGCGUUGAAGGUGUUGGCAGAUGUGAAACAAAAAGAAGAAGGCUUGAGUAAACAACUAGAAGCCAAGCUGAAAGUGAAGAGGGAAGCUGAUGCUGCCGAAGAAUCGACGCCAGUGAAACAAGAAGAUACAGAAGGAGAAUCUUCUACCAACAUGAAGCAAGAAGAGAAGGAAGAAUCAGAGGACAAACCUGCUCCGGAAGGAGAAACCGAUAACAGUCUGCCUGCAGAACCAUCCGAAGCAUCCAUUGAACUCGGAAAGAUUACUCUGGAAAAGCAAAAGAUUUUGUGCGAUAUUGCGAAUAUGCUCAGUCGAUUGGGUCCUCUCCAAGAUGGCAUCGAACAACAAGAAAAGAAUUUGAACCAUGUCAAGUCGGACAUUACUACCGACAAGACAGUCUGCGAGGUUUCGGGAAAUUUUAUGAGUGCCCGUGACGCUGACGAACGUAUUGCGGCUCACUAUGCCGGAAAGCAAUAUGUAGGUUGGAAACUGGUACGAGACAAGUUUGGGGAAAUGGUGCAGAAAUAUGGUCGGUACGGUCCACCACCACCAAUGCGGGGUGGUGCUGGUCCGCCGCCCAUGGGACCGCCUCGAGGCUCUGGUGGUAGCUUUGGUGGUGAUCGCCGAGGAGGUGGUGGAUAUGGCGGCGCCCGAGGAGGUGGCGGUAGUUAUGGAGGACGGGAUAGGGAUCGAGGUGGUGGCUAUGGUAGGGGUCCUCCUCCUCCUCCUCGAGGUGGCCCAAGUGGUCCAGGAAGAUGGGAACGCAAUGGAGGCGGCGGACGAUAUGGCGAUCGAGGAGGAGGAGGCAGCCGUGGUGGUGGUGGUGCAUACGGAAGGGAUCGAGGUGGAUACGGUAGUCGGGGUCCGCCACCGGGUGCCUAUGGAAGACGAUAA